AUGAAGGAGGAGGUGGAGGCGGAAAAGGCCCAGCUGGAGGACAAGGCAAAAGUUCUUGCCAAGGGGCAUGCCACCUUUGACUCACUUGAGCAGAGGUCCCGCAAGGCACUGCGGGAUCUCUACGGGAGGGGGUUGAAGGAGCCGUUGGUGACUGCGAAGGAAGGCCCCACCGAGCUGCUCCCCCAGCUUGUCAUGGCGCUCGAGGGCAUUGUCGUUGGAGUCGGCCCCAUGGUGGAAGGAGAAGCCUGCGGACUCUCCACCUCGGCUGUGACACGCGUCCUCAGCCACCUCCAUCUUUGCGACUCCAGCUUCGACUUUGAUGCCUUGCUUGAACCGGCUAUACCGUACCCGACGAUACGCCUCGACCCGGAGCGCUGCAUCGCCACCGCCGGAGCCGUGAAAGACCAGGUGGAGGCCCUACUGCGGAAGUUCCUCGCCGUCGACUCCGCGACUGCGGCUGGCAGUGCCGUCGACCCCUCGACUGUGGCUGAUGGCACGGGCGACGGCGACGUCGUCGAUGAUGGGACUCCCCUCGCGGGUGAUGGCAGUGCCCAAGGCUGA